CCCACGGUAGAGGGAAAAAGAAUAAUAUCUCGUUAAUCGAAAGGCCAAAACCGAUAAAAAAACCGUUUCGAAAGCCUUUGCUUAGGAAUUCAUUUUGAAGAAGAGAAAUAAUAAAAAACCAGAGAUGGCGUGCAGGACCAUUUUGCGUUUCCCUGUGUUCAUAGCAGAGCCAUGGCGACCUCUCCAUAACCAAAAUCGAGCUCUCAGUUCGCUAUCGCUUCCUUCGAGAACCACCGUCUCUGGACUUUCAAGCCGUAAAUCGAGUUGUGGAUUUUGUAGAAGAAGCAUUGGGGCUCGCGGUUUUCACUUAACGAGACGAAACCAUCUAAAUUGCUCCUCUUAUACUGGUAAUAAUACAACCUCAGCUUCCAGUGAUGACCAGGACCAAGGCCCGCCCCAAGAAGCUGUUCUCAAAGCUAUUUCAGAGGUGUCAAGGACGGAAGGAAGGGUCGGGCAGACCACAAACGUUGUUAUUGGAGGUACAGUAACGGAUGAUUCUACUAAUGAAUGGCUUGUUUUGGAUCAGAAGGUGAACUCAUACCCAACAGUUAGAGGGUUUACUGCAAUUGGAACUGGAGGUGAUGAUUUUGUGCAAGCUAUGGUUGUUGCUGUUGAAUCUGUAAUUCAGAGACCAAUCCCUGAGGGUCAUGUGAGGCAGAAAGUAUCAUCAAGGGGCAAGUAUGUCUCUGUCAACAUUGGUCCAGUUCAAGUCGUUUCCAGUGAACAGAAACACCCAAAAGAUAAAUUGAAAUGGGUUGCUGUGCUUACAGCUUAAGAACUUUACCACCUUGUUCCCUGCCAAGAAGUUUGCGAUCUAUUAUGGUGUCAAGAAUAUAUCAGGAACACUUCAUUAUCAUUAUAUUUUCUGCCCUCCAAUUGACAAAGUAGAUAACCAUUUGUUGAUAAGAACCUUUGUUGCUUUCCAGGUGCAAGCGGUAUACAAUGCCAUGAGGAGAGAUGAUCGAAUGAAGUACUUUCUGUAGUAGGAAAAUUAUUUUGUUUUGUACAGAAUACGGAUCUUGUGGGGCUUUAUGAUUGCCCACCCUUCCUAACUUUUCUUCACUAUUUCGCUUCCAGUUGCGUUCUUUGAUUAAUCCAUGUAUUGCUGGUGGAGAAAUCAUGAUUCAGCAUGAUCUUUUUUUACACCUGCACCAGAUGAAUAUUAUAGUAAUUCAAUAGUAACAAACUAGGAAACAAAAUUAUCUAUUCACUUUGUUUAUUCUUUUU